CCAAAAUUUUAGUACUGCGCACGCUAAUGGCUGCUCCUCCUCCUCAAGAAGUAAAGAACAAAUUCAACAAUGGUGAUAUGAUCCGUAAAUUGACAGAGGGCGGAAGAAUGAUAAGGGGAGCAGCUUUAUCGGAAUGUAUAUUUUGCCAAAUUGCUACCUCUUCCGCUUCCACCACUCUCCUUCACUCCGAUGAUAAAGUUGUUGCAUUUCGAGAUAUUAAUCCAUCUGCCUUCAGGCAUUACUUGGUAAUUCCAAAACAGCACAUUCCAACUGUCAAAAACCUUCAGAGAAGCCCGGAAGAUUUCUCCUUGGUGAGUCACAUGUUAGAUGUCGGGAAGAGUCUGUUACAUAGGGAUGCACCUCAGUGCAAGCAUUACAGAUUUGGUUUUCAUCAGCCCCCAUUCAACAGUGUUGAUCACCUUCACCUCCACUGCUUUGCACUUCCUUAUACUCCAAGCUGGAGGUUUAUAAAAUACUUAUCAUUGGGGCCACUCGGUGGAUUUGUUGAAGCUGAAAAGCUAUUGGAGAGAAUAAAGCCACAAAUUCCUCAUCACUCAUCUAUGUAAUUGUCUGUAAAUUUGCGGUUUCUAAUUAAAAUUGGCAAAUGUGUUCACCACGGUCUCUGUGCAUCAAGGGAAGUCUCAUUGGUAUAAGUGGUGCUUUAGUGAUUUUUCAGAUUUGAAACAUGAUUUUCCGAGUUAGCUUCAGAGAUGCCUCUUUAACUUACCCAGAAGCAGUAGAUAACUAGGAUUAUUCAUGGGCAUUUAUUGCAGAUUUUGCAUCUCCUUUUUAUGUGCAGUCCAAUACAAUUCUCCCCAAAUUAUUGUCGUAUGUUAUCCGUCCAACAUGCAAAUUUUUAUGAACGUGAUGGACCAGAUGAAAGAUUGAUGUUUCUAUU